UUAUGAACUAGCUAUAAUUCAAAUAGAUUUUCCAAAAAUAGAAUCGCUGUAAUCCCAAAUAGCUGUUUCUAAAAAAAUGAAAAGCUGUAAUUGCAAUGAAAAUGUACUACUAUAAACUACUAGCAUUUUACUAAUGAAAAAUGGUUUCUCACAAACAGGAAGAUCAAAGUAACUAAAGAGAUAGCUUUUCAGAGUUGAGUUGAAACAAACACUAUAGAGGAUCAGAGUUCAUAUGCUACAUGGAGGAAAUGGAAUCGAGUAGCUUGGUAAGCAAUGGCCGUGUGGAUCGGCAAGGUAGGAUUGCUAAUAAAAGAACAACCGGAGGAUGGAAGGCAGCUCCCUUCAUCAUAAUGAACGAGGUGAUAGAGAGGUUGGCGUUCUUUGCGAUUGCAGUGAAUAUGACGGCUUACUUGGUAUUUCAAAUGCAUCAAUCGCUUCCAGAUGCUGCUACUCAUGUCACAGACUGGAUUGGAGCUGCCUAUGUACUCACCCUCUUUGGAGCAUUUCUAGCAGAUGCUUAUUUUGGUCGCUUCAAAACUAUCAUUGUUUUCUCAGCCAUCUAUGCCGUGGGGAUGGUUUUGCUGACAAUGUCGGCCUCUUUCGACACAUUACGCCCACAAAAAUGUCUAGCAAAACCGUGCCAGGAAGCAAGUCAAGCUCAAAUCUCAUUCUUGUACGGUGCACUUGGUCUCAUUGCCUUAGGUACCGGAGGAAUCAAACCUUGUGUAUCAUCCUUUGGAGCAGACCAAUUUGACGAGGGAGAUGAAAAAGAAGUCCAAAAGAAAUACGCUUUCUUUAAUUGGUUUUUCUUUGCUAUCAACAUGGGUGCUCUUCUUGGAAUCACGAUAUUGGUUUAUGCACAAGAUAAACUAGGGUGGGGUUGGGGUUUUGGAAUUCCCACAAUAACUACGGUUUUAUCUAUCGUUGUUCUAGCUGCCGGUGUUCGGUAUUACCGUUUCCAAAAGCCAAUGGGAAGCCCUUUUACUAGGUUUCUUCAGGUUAUUGUAGCCUCCGUCAAGAAACAUCAAAGAGGAGUCUCCGUAGAAAAUGAGCCUACUCUCUACGAGGUUGAGACCACACACUCUGAUAUUAUUGGCGCUCGCAAGCUUCCUCACACACGACAAUACAGAUUUUUUGACAAAGCAGCAGUUAUUACAGAAAAGGACACACUCAGCAACAGAUGGAGUGUAUGCACAGUGACACAAGUGGAAGAGUUCAAAUCAUUCAUUAAAAUCCUUCCAGUGUGGGCAUCUACCAUUGCUCUUGCUAUUUCUUUCGCUCAAAUGUCAACCUUCUUUUUAAGUCAAGCCAGCAUCAUGAAUAGAAAACUAGGAAACAACUUCGAAAUCCCGACAGGUUCUGUCCCCGUCUUUGGUGCCAUCAACGGCCUCAUACUUGUACCUUUCUACGAGAGAUUCAUAAUCCCAUUUCUCCGUAAGUUUACCGGCCACCACCGUGGCAUCACAUCGUUACAACGAAUGGGUGUUGGGCUUUUCAUCUCAAUCAUCGCUAUGGCUUCAGCUGCAUUAGUUGAAAAAAGGAGACGCGAUCACCACCCGCAACCAAAUAGCAUGAGUGUGUUUUGGUUGUUACCUCAAUUCUUUCUAAUUGGUACUGCUGAAGUUUUUACCUAUGUGGGACAGUUAGAAUUUUUUUACGAUGAGGCAACGGAUGGGACAAAAAGUAUUAGUAGUGCAAUGUUUUUGUCUGAGAUUGGAAUUGGAAGUUGGUUAAGUACUGCUUUGGUGAAGAUUAUUGUAGCUGCAACUGGAGGACAAGAGAAAGGGUGGCUAAGGAAUAAUCUUAAUGAAAGCAAGUUGGAUUGGUUCUUCUGGAUAUUGACGAUUCUCAAUGCUGUCAAUUUCUUAGUUUAUUUGAUGGUGGCUAUUUAUCACAAUGGGAAAGAAUCAUCUGUGAGAGAUGAGAACAUGGUUGAAUUCAGCAACGUCCAGCACACACAACCAUGAAGGAGUAUUCAUAUUUUAAGAGAAGUAAAAGUAGUAUAUUCCUCUACUUGUAAUCUUUUAUGCAAAACUAAAUUUGGUGUUUUUUGUCCUACAUCCCAUGACAACUCAAUUGUGUUUUGACUUUACUCAUGUUCGUUUUUGCUCUGGUUUGUUUCCUCUAUGAGAAAUGAUAUUUGUACAUCCAUUUUCUAACAAUUUUUGUGAUAA